AUGCAGUCUGUCCCGGAGUCCCGCACACAGACCUUUGAGGAGAUCUACGGACCUCCAGAGAACUUCCUGGAGAUUGAAGUCCGCAAUCCUCAAACACAUGGCACAUCACGGAAUAUGUAUACCUCUUACGAAAUCGUCUGCCGCACCAAUAUCCCCGCUUUCAAACUGAAACACUCCAUCGUCCGCCGCCGUUACUCUGACUUCGAGUACUUCCGCGAUAUUCUCGAGCGCGAGAGCACGCGCGUCACGAUCCCCCCCACUACCGGGCAAAGUCUUCACGAAUCGUUUCAGUGA